CUGAUUGCCGAAAACAUGGCAUCCGUGCUGAAGUCGAUCAAGAAACGCAAGCACGCAAAGAAACACGCUCGUUUACGGCAGGCAGCGACAACGGAACAAAACGCAUCCGCUGAUAAGAUGUCGGGAAACAAGGGUAAUAAACAGGAUGGAACUUUGGUUGACCACAUGGACCGCAAAGAUAAAAGCACCAGCAAGAGCCGAAAAUGUCUGAACAUGAAAGAACGAAACAGUACUGCCGUUAAAGAAACCAAAACUAAACCACAGGCACAUAGCUUGAAAGAAGUACAACCGGAAGUGAAAAACGAAUCGAUCCUCAGUGCAGGAAUCACGCCUAAUCCACCGUCGAUGGAAAAAGGCGGCAAAGAGAACAAAACAAUCAACGCGUUCCAGCUGAUGAUGACGGCCCGUUCCAAAUGCAUCGGUUCCAACUCACCCGGUAGAGAUCGGGAUGCACCGGAGAUGAGUCCUUCGCAACAGGUAGCGCGAGAGCAGAAGGCAAAGCGUACUUUACUCCUGCAAGAGUGGGCGGCCCAAAAGGGUGGUGGGAAGCGAAAGCUGCAGGAAGUUGCCGAGGAUGAUUAUAUUGAGCAUCAGCUGAAGAAGCGCACGAAAAGACUGAAGAAAUUAAUCAGCAACAUGAGCACGAAGGAAGACGACGGAGAUGUGAUAACGGAGGAACCGGCAGUAGAAGUGCUACAGCUGGACGUGAUUGAAAUCCUGGAAUCGCAAAGCUCCUCCGAAGUUGUCCUCAAUGGUAAGCAACACGAGCAGCAAACAAAAACCACCAGCUCGGGUGAGAAGUCACCCGCGGAACGGAACGUAAACGGUAAGGCCAAUAGAAAAAAAAUUCGGCCUCGGUCUCGGAAGAUAAAAGCUGACACGCCGAAGGAACAGGACGAAGAGCCGGCUAUAAUCGAUAUUGAUGAUAAUUCGAACGAAGAAUUUCUCAAGCAUCUGUCCUCGCCGAGGAAGAAGAAAGACAGCUUGCUGGGAUAUUUUGCGAAGGUGACACCGGAAACGCGAAAAAAGCAUUCGUCUUCACCUUCACAAUGUGAAAAGCCAUCCACCCCAACGUCCAACGCUUCGCAGGUAAAAAAAACCCACACAACUCCACCGUCCGAUGCGAACACACCGACGACGGAUGCGAAUGUGGACACUUCGCCAGUGCCGCAAGGCUCAUCGCGUCCCCGCCGUUCCUGCGCGAAUCGCAUUAAAGAUUAUUCUGCCUUCGAGAAGUAUAGCCCGGCGAAGGAAGAGCAGAGAGUUCCGAGCAAGAAGCCACCGAUCGUGACACCGCUGAAGAUCAUCAACGUCCAAUCGCCGAACGCGAUGAAGGUCGUCAAAAGUCCUUCGUUGCGGAUGUUUUCCUCGGCCAAUGGGGAAGCUUUCGCGAACGGGACGAAAAGCUCUCCCUUGGUGGAUGGUCAAACAACACCCAAAACGGUUAAACUGGCGCCCGUUUUUGCGCGAACUGCCGGUGGAAAACCCCUGCCAGCGAUCGAUCCGGAAAAGGCCCGCGCGCGGCAGAUGUUUCUGAUGUCAGGAAUACCGGAGAAGAUGCGUCAGGAAAUGGAAAAACGUGCCACGUACAUCGAGCACGUGCUCAACGAAUCGCCCGUUUUUCCCUUGGUGAGUCACGUCACUCAGCUGACCGAGCAGACGAGGGAAAAGGCAGCGCCAUCCUUGCGGGAAAGCAUCAUUAAGGUUCGUCCCGCCGACCAGGAGUCACCUUCUGCCAGGACAAUGCUGAAGAACAUCAAGAACCGCAAGAUACGCUUCGGAAUGUUCACCACGUGUAGUGAGAACGAUUUCGAGGAAGCAAUGGAAAAAUGUAACCUACCGAUCGAUUUGGACAGCAGCCAAGAACAACCCAACGAUGACGCGUUGCCGGAAGUGGAGAACGUGAAAGAAAUAGUGCGAGAUUACAAAAAGCGCUAUCCACAUUUCCCCGUCUUCCGGUGCUACAAGCAGUUCCGGGCCGUCUAUCAUGACCACCAAAAGGCGCAGGAGAGCGAACCGGAACAGCUUUGCGAAACGGCAACGAAAGGGAACGGAAAAGCAACACCGGAACCGUUGGAUGACAGCGUCGUAUUCGUUGAAACGUCGUGCGGUUUCAGGAACGGGGAACUGUUGUUCACGGAAAAGUACCGCCCGCAAAAAACGGAGCAGAUUCUGAUCAACUUCUCGCCAGCUAACCAACUGACGCAAUUCCUCUCCCUCUGGCAGGACGAAGCCACUAGCGGAAGGCGCACGAAUGGUGGGGGGGACUAUUUCGCCUCUAACAGCAGCGAAAUGGACGGCGAUUUCUACGAGCACUCGAACGGGAGCACUGCGUCCUCGAGUGUCGGUUCUAACGUCUGUAACCAUGUCGUGCUUGUCGGACCGCCCGGUUGUGGCAAGACUUGCAACGUGUACGCGGUCGCACAGGACAUGAACUUUAACGUGCUGGAAAUUAACGCCAGCAGCCGACGGAAGGGCAAAAUCAUUCUGCAAGAGCUGCUCGAGGCCACCCAAAGCCACCAGGUUCGACAAAAAUCCGAGCGAUCGAAUUCGGUCGAUGGAUUGCUGGGACGGUUGAAGGGUGGCAAAAAGGCCGGUCCGGGUGGAUCUGUAUUGCGCUGUCUGGAACGAAGGCCAUCGUUAAACGACACGAACGGAAUCGGAUCGAAGAAACUGUCGCUCAUCCUGAUCGAGGAUGCCGACAUCGUGUUCGAGCAGGACGAUGGUUUUUUGGGGGCAAUCAAUCAGCUGAUUGCUACCUCGAAACGCCCGAUUGUGCUGACGACAACCAACCCGUCGUGUUCGCACAUGGCACGGUACAUGGCCCGCAACAACGUGAUUCGCUAUGUCGCUCCGGGUAUUGGGAAUGUGGCAAAGUUUCUGUCUCUAUUGGCCCUGGUGGAGCGGAUACCGAUCGAUCAGCACGAGCUGGGUCGGUUGUACGCGUACAACGAGAAGGACAUGAGGAAAACGGUCAACGAGUUGCAGUUCUUUGUCCAGAGCGGCGGGGACAUUGUACGCUUUCAAUCGUCCAACGGAUUGGAUCGCUCUCGGUUGGAGUUUGAUGAGGAACUUAACACGGCGCUGAAUGAAACGAGGGAAGAAGACAGCGAACAAGCGGCCGGUUUGGAUGACCAGCCGGCGACAAAAGCUUCGAAAGGUCGGAGGAAACGCGCGAAGAAUGACCAGGAUACGCAGUCGCAACAUCACGCUUCGCUGUACGAGCUGUUUACGCGGAAUCAAAACGAGGAGAUGAUCAUGCGACUUCCGCUGGAAUUCGAUGCGCUGUGGUCCAACAUGGAGCUGGUGCUAAGGUCGACUCCAAACGACACCCCGCCGGAACGGUUGCUUGAGAAAGGUAGGGGGAAAUCGAAACGAAACGGCACUCCUGGUAGACGCAAGCGCGGUGCUGAUGAUGCUGCCGAUGAGAAAAAAUCUCUCACGCCGCCGGAUGUGGCGCGGUUCGAGGAGCUCUCUUUCCUGUACGAAAACAUUAGCCGGGCGGAGGCAGGAUGGGGCGUUACGCAGCGGAACCGAAUUCGCUACGGGAAAGAUCCGCAGGACGAGCAGCAACAACAACAGGUUGCGAACGAGAUGGGCCACGCUCUGGUCGAAGGAUCCUGGAUGCGCUGGUUCAAAGGAAGCAAACAAUCCAAGAACGAGCCAUACACGGGUGCCAAGGCGUACGAUGCGCUGCGGAAGGUACACCAGGAACCGAGACAAACGAUUGCUUCCCACAUCGGAGUCAACAGCGUGCGAUCGCGAGUGGUAGCGUGUGAUUAUGAGCCACUGUUGCGACAAAUCUGCCGUUACGAAAGAGACCGCUCCAUGCAGGAACGGCGUGGCAGUCGUUUUUAUCACUACUUCCGCAAUUUUGGCACAUCGAACGCACCCGCCCAGCAGCAACUGAUGUCGAUGGCAGCGAUCGCGGCUGGAGGAUUCAGCGUGGAUAAUUUCGAUGCACUUAGCCACUGCUUCGAGGAGCAACCCGUAAACCAACCGGUAAACCCCCCGGAACAGAACGGUAUUGAUGGAGCAAAUGGAGAAUAA